CGCCGUUUCAGCCUCGUCAACAUUCUCGCCUGGCCAUCCACACAUCUUUAACAAAUCCAAGUCAUGCUUUUCCUUUUGAAAUGCUAUCCUGAUUUGGCUAACUUCAUUAUUUGAUAUACGAAGGGCAUAAUGACCUUCACGCACAAUGACUACACGGUCUCAUGGAUCUGCGCGUUGCCGCUAGAAAUGGCCGCCGCGAAGACCAUGCUAGAUGAGACUCACAGCCAGCUUUCUCAAUCGCCGACCGACCAUAACGCUUACACCCUAGGCUGACUUGGUGACCAUAAUGUGGUAAUCGCCUGCCUACCGUCUGGUGUUUAUGGAACCACAUCUGCUGCGACAGUGGUGUCUCAUAUGCUAGGGACAUUUCCAAGUCUUGAAUUUGGAUUAAUGGUAGGUAUAGGAGGUGGAGUGCCUAGCAAAGGUACUGAUAUUCGGCUUGGUGAUGUGGUUGUUAGUAUCCCAACUGCGACCUCUGGGGGCAUCAUUCAGUAUGACUAUGGGAAAUCGCUCCGUCAUGGACGUUUCCAGCGUACUGGGUCACUCAAUAAGCCCCCUCAAUUUUUACUGACGGCAGUGUCUCAACUGCGAAGUGAUUCCCUGAGAGGAGAAAGAGCCGCUGCAGAAACUUUAUCCAAUAUACUCGAGAAACACCAGGAAAUAAGAGAAAACUUUUCACGCCCGGACAAAGACUGGUUGUUUAAGUCAGAAUAUUAUCAUCAGGGAAGCAACGACAACAUUGACUGUUCAACAUGCGAUCAGACCCAAUUGGUGAACCGUGUGCCGCGACUGACCGAUGAUCCGUAUAUUCAUUAUGGAUUGAUCGCUUCUGGGAAUCAAGUUAUGAAGGAUGCUAAAAGUCGCGACUCUAUCGCUCGGGAUAUGGAUACUAGCAUCCUCUGUUUUGAAAUGGAAGCAGCUGGAAUCGUGGAUCAGCUUCCCUGCCUGGUAAUUCGAGGCAUCUGCGACUAUUGUGAUUCACACAAGCACAAACAAUGGCAAGGAUACGCCGCUCUUUCUGCUGCAGCAUAUGCGAGGUCUCUUCUGGGAGUUGUGCCUGUACAUCAGAGGGAUGGUGGUCGGAAAAAAGAGGAAAUAACGGUACGACACUGGACAGUGCCAUUUAGAAGAAACAACCAAUUUGUGGGGCGUCAGAAUGAAAUAGACGAGUUAGAGGAAUUAAUCUCCACACCAGAUGGACCCCAAGAGCUAGCAAUUUCUGGACUUGGUGGGGUGGGAAAAACCCAGAUCGCACUUGAGCUAGCAUAUCGUAUCCGGGAUAGAGAUGCUGAGUACUCGAUAUUCUGGGUUCCAUGUAUCAGCCGCGCGAGCGUCGAGCAGGCGUACAUAAGUAUUGCGCAAGAAAUUGGACUUCAAGGCGUGGAUCCAGCUGAGGUAAAGAAUCAAGUCAAUGCUUAUCUCAAUCAGAAGAGUGCUAGGAAAUGGCUUCUUAUCUUUGACAACGCUGACGACGUGGACAUGUGGGUCAAUGGUGCUUCUGCUCUGAAAGACUCUCUUCCGGAGAAUGAAAAUGGUCGCAUUCUUUUUACUUCACGCAACCAUAGGCUUGCGGUGGAUCUUGCGUCCCCUCAUGUGAUAUCAAUCACUGAGCUAGAUGAAGACACUGGUUGGGCAUUCCUGCAAAAGUCAUUAAUACAAAAAGACUUGCUUAAUAACCGUGACAUAUAUGUUUCUCUUCUGGAGCACUUGGCAUUUCUCCCCCUGGCAAUUUCCCAAGCAGUUGCAUUUAUCAACCGGAAUGGCAUAAGCUUAGAGGAUUACAUCAUGCUGUUAAAGGAACAGGAGCCUGAGCUAAUUGAGCUACUAAGCGAUGAUUUCCAGGAUAAGUGGCGGUACAAUGAUAUUCAGAAUCCAAUCGCCACUACAUGGUGGAUAUCUUUUCAACAAAUCCAGAACACGAAUAAUCUUGCAGCAGACUAUCUAUCAUUCAUGGCCUGUAUAAACCCACGAGAUAUUCCCCUCUCUAUUCUUCCUGAGGCUGCUUCAAAGAGGACAAUGAUUGACGCUCUCGGUCUUCUUAAGAGCUAUUCGUUCAUCACUGAACAAACUAGAAAUAGAAGUCUAAGUCUUCACCGGCUUGUUCAUCUUGCAACUCGGAAUUGGAUGAGAAAGAACCAGCGAUUAAGUAUGCAGGUAUUGAAAGCAGCAGAUCGAUUAAACCAAGUCUUUCCUGAUAAUGAAGAUGUCAAUCGAACCCUGUGGCGAGAACUUUUACCACACGCUCUUGUGCUAAUACAAGAAAGUGAAUUUCAAUGGGGCCAAGCGAAAUACGUUGAUUUAGUUGAUAAAAUUGGGUGUUGUCUAUUUAGUGAUGGCAGGUAUAACGAAGGUGCUGUGAUACUUGAGAAAAGUGUACAGGCACAGAACGAAAACAGUGGCACUACCAGCCUUGCCAUUCUGGAAAGCAAGGUGAACUUGGCAUUGAUAUAUUGCAGCCAAGGACGACUGAAAGACGCUGAAAAUUUACAAAGGCAGGCGCUGGACAUCUGCAGCAAGACAUUGGGCCUAGAGAGCCAUCACACCCUAAGAGUCAUGAACGACCUGGCAAUGACCUAUCAUGCCCAGGGGAAAUGGAAAGAAGCAGAAAAUUUACUAAUACAGGUUACAGAGACAGAUAUGCAAGCACGUGAACCUCGCUUCGCUUUUCGCUACAUGAACAAUUUAGCAUUGAUCUAUCAGAGUUUAGAGAAAUGGAAAGAGUCAGAAGAUCUAUUAGUGCAAGUUGUGGAAACAGAAAAGGAAGUGCUUGGGCCAGAACACCCUGAUACUUUGACUAGUAUGAGUAACUUGACAUCCACAUACAGGAGCCAGGAGAAAUGGGAAGAAGCACAAGAUUUACAAGGUUAUGUUUUAGGACUACAAAAACGAAUACUUGGGCCAGAACAUCCCUCCACUUUAUUGAGCAUGCAAAAUCUGGCAGCGACAUAUUGGCCUCAGGGGAAAUUGAAGGAAGCAGAAGAUCUACUACUGAAUGUUAUAGAAGUAUUUGGACCAGAGCAUCCUCAUACUCUUAUUGUCAUGUUAUUUCUCUCCGAGAUUUUGAAAGAUCAAGAGGAGAACCAGAGUUCCUUGAAUUUCCUAGAAGAUUGUGUUGAACUUCACAAUAGGGUACUAGGACCAGAGCAUUCCAAUAGCAGAGACGCCACUAGCGCCCUCAAUCAUUGGAAAGAAAAGCAUUCCUUACCGAAAACACACCCACAAGAACCUGCGGCGAAAAGCCCAGCAGCUGUGGUAAUUCCCGACCCGCCCGAUGAAAAACACACUACCUCACGCCCAAGUCACAAAGGGUUAACAGCUAGAUAUGAACUCAUCCUUAGAAACCAUCCUCUCAUAAUAGCUUCUAGAAGAGCUUCAUCUGUGGAUCUAGAUCUCGACUUGGAGGAAGUUGAUUAACUAUGCUGGCGGUCUGAUUUCAAUGACAACACUAGUCAAAAUUAUUCCAUAGCUACAAAGGAACAUGUUGGAAGUAGA